GGGCGGGGUUCCGGAGGCGGCCACGCGCGGCCAGGCCUACUUUUUCGGCCUCGCGCCAGCGGCAGACGAGGAAGGAGGGGCCUCGGCCACCGUGGGCCUCCUGCCCCACAGCCUUGCCUCCACCCGGGGCUUCACCACAGACCCCUUUGUGUUCCUGCCCCCGCCCCGGAGGCGCCCCAGCCGGCGGCGCUGAGUUCCCUCAUUGGCUCAGCCGCCGGCUUCAUCGAUUGGCUCCCGAGUCGGCCGGCGUGGUGCGCCUCUUCUCGCUACUAUAGGUCGUCGGAGCUGCUCCUCAGGCCGCCGCGCGCAGUGAUUGCUCGGCCGCUCGAAGUCCCUGGAAGCAGUUCCGGGAAACCCCGCGUGCUGCCGGGAUCGCGUCUCGGUCCAUGAGGGGGGGAGGGGGUGGCGCGCGCGCCAUUUCUAGUCGUUUUCAAAGCGCCUCGCGCUGAUUCUCACGGGCCCAGCGGCCGGCCCCAGCUCUGCCCUGUUCAUCAGAAUUUGAGGCUUGCCUUGAGAAACACUUAUCCACCCAGCGAUUAACCACGGAGUCUGCGUCUCUAUAGACAUUACAGCAUAAUAAAAUGGCUAAUCAGGUGAAUGGUAAUGCGGUACAGUUAAAAGAAGAGGAAGAACCAAUGGAUACUUCCAGUGUAACUCACACAGAACACUACAAGACACUGAUAGAGGCAGGCCUCCCACAGAAGGUGGCAGAAAGACUUGAUGAAAUAUUUCAGACAGGAUUGGUAGCUUAUGUCGAUCUUGAUGAAAGAGCAAUUGAUGCUCUCAGGGAAUUUAAUGAAGAAGGAGCUUUGUCUGUACUACAGCAGUUCAAGGAAAGUGACUUGUCACAUGUUCAGAACAAAAGUGCAUUUUUAUGUGGAGUUAUGAAGACCUACAGGCAAAGGGAGAAACAGGGGAGCAAGGUGCAAGAGUCCACAAAGGGACCUGAUGAAGCAAAGAUCAAGGCCUUGCUUGAGAGGACUGGUUAUACCCUGGAUGUAACCACAGGACAGAGGAAAUAUGGUGGUCCUCCACCAGACAGUGUGUACUCUGGCGUACAACCUGGAAUCGGAACAGAAGUCUUUGUAGGUAAAAUACCAAGAGAUUUAUAUGAGGAUGAGUUGGUGCCCCUUUUUGAAAAGGCUGGUCCCAUUUGGGAUCUACGUCUUAUGAUGGAUCCACUGUCUGGACAGAACAGAGGGUAUGCAUUUAUCACCUUCUGUGGAAAGGAAGCUGCACAAGAAGCUGUUAAACUGUGUGACAGCUAUGAAAUUCGCCCUGGUAAACACCUUGGAGUGUGCAUUUCUGUGGCAAACAACAGGCUUUUUGUUGGAUCAAUUCCGAAGAAUAAGACUAAAGAAAACAUUCUGGAAGAAUUCAGUAAAGUCACAGGUUUAACAGAGGGUUUGGUGGACGUUAUUCUCUAUCAUCAACCCGAUGACAAAAAGAAGAAUCGGGGGUUCUGCUUCCUUGAGUAUGAGGAUCACAAGUCAGCAGCACAAGCCAGACGCCGGCUGAUGAGUGGAAAAGUAAAAGUAUGGGGAAAUGUAGUUACAGUUGAAUGGGCUGACCCUGUGGAAGAACCAGAUCCAGAAGUCAUGGCUAAGGUGAAAGUUUUAUUUGUGAGAAACUUGGCUACUACGGUGACAGAAGAAAUAUUGGAAAAGUCUUUUUCUGAAUUUGGAAAACUUGAAAGAGUGAAGAAGUUGAAAGAUUAUGCAUUUGUUCAUUUUGAAGACAGAGGAGCAGCUGUUAAGGCCAUGGAUGAAAUGAAUGGCAAAGAAAUAGAAGGGGAAGAAAUUGAAAUAGUCUUAGCCAAGCCACCAGACAAGAAAAGGAAAGAGCGCCAAGCUGCUAGACAGGCCUCCAGAAGCACUGCGUAUGAAGAUUAUUACUAUCACCCUCCUCCUCGCAUGCCACCUCCAAUUAGAGGUCGGGGUCGUGGUGGGGGGAGAGGUGGAUAUGGCUACCCUCCAGAUUACUAUGGCUAUGAAGAUUACUAUGAUGAUUACUAUGGCUAUGAUUAUCACGACUAUCGUGGAGGCUAUGAAGAUCCCUACUACGGCUAUGAUGAUGGCUAUGCAGUAAGAGGAAGAGGAGGAGGAAGGGGAGGGCGAGGUGCUCCACCACCACCAAGGGGGCGGGGAGCACCACCUCCAAGAGGUAGAGCUGGCUAUUCACAGAGGGGGGCACCUUUGGGACCACCAAGAGGCUCUAGGGGUGGCAGAGGGGGUCCUGCACAACAGCAGAGAGGCCGUGGUUCCCGUGGAUCUCGGGGCAACCGUGGGGGCAAUGUAGGAGGCAAGAGAAAGGCAGAUGGGUACAACCAACCUGAUUCCAAGCGCCGACAGACCAACAACCAACAGAACUGGGGGUCCCAGCCCAUCGCUCAACAGCCGCUUCAGCAAGGUGGUGACUAUUCUGGUAACUAUGGUUACAAUAAUGACAACCAGGAAUUUUAUCAGGAUACUUAUGGGCAACAGUGGAAAUAGACAAGUGAGGGCUUGAAAAUGAUACUGACAAGAUACGAUUGGCUCUAGAUCUACAUCCUUCAAAAAAAAUUGGCUUAUCUGUUUCAUCUUUAAGUGGCAAUUUGCUGCCAUUUGUAUUGGGCUGAAGAAAUCACUAUUGUGUAUAUACUCAAGUCUUUUUAUUUUUUCCUCUUUUCAUAAAUGCUCUUGGACAUUAUUGGGCUUGCAGAGUUCCCUUAUUCUGGGAGUUACAAUGCUUUUAUCGUUUCAGGCUUCAUUUUAGCUUCAAAACAAGCUGAGCACACUGUUAAAUCAUGAUUUUGCAGAACCUUUGGUUUUGGACAGUUUCAUUUUUUGGAUUUGGGAUAGAUUACCUAGCAGUAUGGAGUAUGCUGUAAAUAAAAAUACAAGCUAGUGCUUUGUCUUAGUAGUUUUAAGAAAUUAAAGCAAACAAAUUUAAGUUUUCUUGUAUUGAAAAUAACCUAUGAUUGUAUGUUUUGCAUUCCUAGAAGUAGGUCAACUGUGUUUUUAAAUUGUUAUAACUUCACACCUUUUUGAAAUCUGCCCUACAAAAUUUGUUUGGCUUAAACGUCAAAGCCGUGACAAUUUGUUCUUUGAUGUGAUUGUAUUUCCAAUUUCUUGUUCAUGUAAGAUUUCAAUAAAACUCAAAAAUCUAUUCAAAACAUUA